AGUGAUUUGCGUCGGAAUAUUCGCGCUGCAUAGGAAUGUAGCGACGUUUUAUGUGUAUGAACACAGGCUAUACUCCUAAUAUUUCUCGAUUUCUUGAAAGGCAUUUAUAGAUAUAUGACUAAUGGCAGGAGUGUCCUUUCCUGUUCGUGAAUUUGGUGUGGACUGCCUAAGGUGCAAAGCGCAAGGAAUUGUUUAGAAAAUAUCCAUGGAUGUUUGCUACGGAGUUCAGAAUGUGCGCUUGUUCUCGGAAUUGGAGAGUUCUAGAGCGGCGGAGGGAGAAAAGUUGGUUUGAGCGGCGGGCCCGGCCGAGCCUUGGUGGGCGCCUCUGGUGGGCCGGUGGGCUGGCCGAGGGCGCGCUGCCAACACCUUGCCAGCAGCACGCCCGGGCUUCUAGAACAAGUUGGAGGACCAAGGCCGAGGCUGGGCAGCGCGAAGUGAAAGUGGACGUCGGCGGCCGGGAUUGGACUGUGAAGGGGCGGGCGGGAGACAGGAAGCGGGUUCGUGGCGCUUCGAGUGCGGCGCUGAGGCCUCGGCGGAAAGACCCGCCCGCGGACGGAAAAUGCGACGUCGUGUUUGGGGAUGAGUCAGGCUGUCCAGGCUGUCGCCAUUCAUCUCGCGUUAGCCAUGGCCGGCUGAUUUUCCUGUUUUCUUCCGUGUGAAGCUUCUCAUUGCGAGCGCGGCUGCGACCUCUGGCAGUCGCCAAGAAAACGGGACGCGCAGAACUUUUUUCUUUAGGUGUAAUUGACCUCAAGGUGUAAAAAACAACCGCAAUAUUGACUUGACGAAGCAGGAGUUGCUAUUGAGAAUCAAGUGCGAAAGUGGUCCGUUUCUCGUGAGGGACAACACCCUACUGGACGUCAGUCCGGGGCCUUAUUAGGGAAAGAGUCCCUGAGUCAGCGCGUCGGUUUCGGAGUCCGCGCCAUGUGGCCGUCGCACAUCGCCAAGCCGCUCCAGCGAGCCCCCGUCAAGAGAUCGGCGGAGGACGGCGAGGACCUGGCCCGCCGCUGCAUGGGCGACCUGCGCGGACGCCACGGCAUGUUCCGCAUGCCCGACUGGAUGUCGGAGGACGACGACAUGAGCGACCUAGCACACCGCAUGUCGCACGCGCCACACUUCGCCACCAUGGGCCGUCGAGGUGGCCCCUGGCGGGAGCGCCGAAGCUCGGGGGGCUCGGCCAUGAGCGCCACCUCCGAGGACGACUCCUGCGACGCCGCGGCCACAGACAAGUCCUCGCAGUGCUCCGGCGGCUCCACAGAAGGCCCUGCGACCUCACACGAAAUCCCCAUUCGUCUGGAGGCUCCGGCCCCGCCCUCUGCGUCUCGACAGCAGCAGCAGCAGGUAGAGAACGAGCCGGUGGCGCCGCUGCGAACGAGCCACGCCAGAAACGCCCCUCAGUACCCAGUCAGAACCACGUCCGCCGUCGACGCCUCCGACCAUUCGAGGGAUGUCCCGCGGAGCACGCGGUGUGCGUCCGCGCCCCCCGAGAUGGCUGAACAGCCCCUGCAGCCGCAGGCAAGCCAGGCGUCGCCGCAGCAGCAGCGGUUCGUGUCAAAGAUCAGCAUCACGCCCCAGGCUCCCCAGGGCCCCGGCACCCCGCCGGCGAAGCCCGCGUCGCCGCUCCCCGCCAAGUUCAACACGAUUCCCAAGCCAUUCGUCCCAGCGAACAAAACGCAGACACAGACGGCCCCGCAAGAGCAGCAGCAGCAGCCGUUCGAGGAACAGCAGCAGCACGGUCACAUGGCGAGUCCUCAGAUGCAGUACCAGCAGCCUCCGCAGCCCCAGCAGCAAGUGCCUUCACAGACAACACCUCAGUAUCAACAGCAGUACCAGCAACAGCAGCCGCAGUUCCAUCAGCAGUACCACCAGCAACAGCCACAGUACCAGCAGCAGUACCACCAGCAACAGCCACAGUACCAGCAGCAGUACCACCAGACGCCCCUCCAGCAGCAGCAGCAGUCCCCGCGACAGUCUGGCCAAAGGCCGAGCGUCGUACGCAACAUCCCCAUUUUUGUCGAGGGUCGUGACGGCCCUCUCGUCAACGAGGAGAGCGGCACCCCGCCCAAGCCAGCUCCUCAAUGGGGACAGCAGUGGCAGCAGCCGCAGCCGCAGCAAAAUCAGCAUCCUCAGCCGCCACUACCGCAGCAACAGCGGCAACAGUUCAAACAACAGAACCAGCCUCAGCAGCCUCAGUCGCAGCCAAUACCUCAGCCUGUGCCCAUGCCCAUGCCCCAGCCUCACUCCCAGCCACAGGCCCAGACCCCCCCUCAGCAGCAGCAGCAGCAGCAGCAGCAGUUGCAGCAGCAGCAGCAGCAAGCCGAGCCCAAGCCGCCGCAGCCCGCGAAGGACCCGCGCUUGUCCCAGAUCGAGUCCGUGAAGGCGUCCGUGGACGAGUACCGCGCUAAGGUCGAGGCCUUUUCGGGCUCGAAGAAAAGCCGGGAGUUCCUGUACCUCGACGAAAUGCUCACCCGCGCCCUCCUUCAGCUCGACAACGUGGACCCCGACGGGCGCGACGACGUGCGACAGGCUCGUCGCGCCGUCAUUAAGGACAUCAACGCCGCGAUCUCACUCCUGGAGUCCAAGGCAGCCGAGCCGGAGCAGGCGCAGAAGGAGAAGACGCCCACGCCAGUGGCCACGCACGAGGCUGCGGCUGAGCCCAAGGUUGACUCGGAGGCAACAGAAGAGAAUCGGACAACAGAGGAGGAAAAGGCAGCCGAACAGAAGACUGAAGAAAACGUAGGGGCAACUGCAAAGACAGAGGUUCCCCCGGCGGAGGACACGGAAAAAGAGGCAGAGGAGGCGAGGGCGGAGGCUACGGGAGCCCGGGAGGCGGCGGCGGCUGCCUCCAACGACAACAAAACAGAGACUGAGGAGAAAAGUUCCACGUAGCUUCAAUUAAGGGAUUUGUCUACUAGAGUUCACUGCAUCCUGCAUGUGUCCAGGUGAUAUGUAUAUAUAAAAUAUAUAAAUGUGUGUUUGUGUAUUAAAUUUAUUUAUAAGUGGAUUCAAUAAAAUGAAAGAAUGAGGAAUGUCGUGUUGGUUCUCCCAGUGUGUAGCUGAAACAUUAAAAGAAUUGCGAGACUGACUUUAGAAAUAAGUGCUAAGAUGCAACACGUAACCCAGUUACACAAGAUGAAUUUUUCCAUUGAUCAGAUGGGAAACCAUAUAUCGUGGGAAUUUUAUAUAACAUAUAUGGAAUUAAUAAUAUCACAGCUAGACAUCAGUUUAUUUGAUAGAAACUGGAAAGCCAUUCGGAAAUGCCUGAAGCGACGUAGCCUCAGGAUGUUCCGGCACUGCUUGGCACGGCGCCCGGGAGUGCCAGGGCGCUUCCGUGGCCCUGGGUUAUUUUGGCACAAUGAGAGCUGAGAGAAGCAGUGGUGGGUGGGAAGUCCCUAAGCAGUGGAAGGCCCGUUACAUCACAGAUCUGUCAGCUGAUGCAGACCUGAUGUCAUGGCUCGGACGCCGACUUCUGCUUGG